GCUGCGCCGAUCAUGUGCCGCUGGUUACGCCCACCCCACCGUGCUUUUCCACCCGGUGCCUCGCUGGUGCGUGAGCCUGCAGCAGUGGCCAUGGAGAAGAACUCGUCGUCGUGGGAAAGUGCUGGUGCGCAAUCGCUUGCCUUCUUAGGGAACGCAGCGGUCAGCGGUGAAAGAGAACUUCACUUUCACUUGCGAGAGAUUGGCAUACAAUGCACGGGCUACGAUCAAUGUCUGGGGCUUGUUGUUGUCGCAGCAGCCAGCGCUAUCCUUUGGAAAAUCAUGUUCAAGAGUAGCCUCACAAACAAGCCACAUAAACCAAAAUCACGGAGGCUGCUGUCAGGGGCUCUUCCGCCAGUUUUUCCAAAUGGCUGGAUUCCUGUGCUUGAGUCGUCGGAACUUGUUCUAGGAAAAAUAAAAUCAGUCAGCGCCUUAGGUCAUGAAUUCGUCGCAGUCCGAUGUGAAGACGGAACGGCGCAAGUAUUCGACGCAUACUGCCCACAUUUGGGCGCCCACCUGGGAAUGAUGGGCCGUGUGGCGGGAGACAUCCUCGAGUGUCCAUUCCACGGGUGGAAGUUUGAUUGUAAAAACGGAUCUUGCACCCACGUGCCGUACUCCGCCAAAGCCCCUUCUUUCGUCAAGGUGAAGGUCUGGACGUCUAAGGAACUCCUCGGCCUGGUGUUCGUAUGGUACCACGCAGACGGCAAGGCACCCUCAUGGGACAUACCAGAGGAUAUACUGAGCCACACUCUGGAGUCGAAGUCCACGGGACGAUUCGAGCACUCGGUGCACUGCCACAUCCAGGACAUAGCUGAGAAUGGCGCCGACCCGGGUCACUUCAACAAGAUCCACAAGGCGAGCAGCUUGGUCAACGGCACCGAGUUCGAGAAGGACAUGGGCGAGUCGUGGAAGGGUCGCCUUUUCCAGCACCAAUGGGUGGCUACAUGGAGCCCGAAUAAGCACGAGGCUACGGUGACCAUUGAGGCCUUCAUAUCUAUCCUCGGCUGGAAGCCCGACUAUCUGCGUCAUCAUGUCGAGGCUCGCCAGGUACAUCCAAACAACACACGGAGUUUCUCCUCUUUUCAGACAUUACGUUUAGGUUAGAGCCUGCCAGCUCGUUUUGUUAGAAAUAAUGGGAAAUGUGGACUGAACAGGCCAACAUUUUGCGGUGGAACGGCCGGUUUACUUCAUAGUGCUUGCUGCCUGGUGGAGCAGAUCAACAUUUUGGACAAACAUCUAAUUGUUUUCUUAUCUGAUAAUGAUCCUGAGUAGACGAAUUUUUCCUAGCGCCAAGGAUUAGUGAGCAUGUGGAUGAUUUGGACAUAAAAAUUGUCUUGGGCUGAUCGCCUCAAUCAUCCCAUCAAGACGAUAGCUAUAAACUCUAAGUAAAACUCUUGCUUGGGCUAGUUGGUUCAUGCUUGAAGUAGUAAAGGCAAGGCGCAGAAGGCGCCGGUCCUGUCGUUUGUGUUCUUCUUUCUGAGUCCUGGUCUUCUGCACCUUGCCUUUACUACUUCAAGCAUAAACUCUUUGUGGUCAAGUUGUGUGUGUGGGGACGGGGGGCAUGGCUAGAUGAACAGCUGAAUACUUUAUCGUGAUUAAUCAUGAGAAAUGGCGCUUGCUUUCCAUUAAAGUAACCUGGUACCUCGUAUUGCAGUAAAACAUGUUGUGGGGCUAGUUGGUGCAUAGCUUCUGCUAAUUUGUGCCGCCUGAUUGGUCCGGAUGAUUAAAAAAAAGUAGGGUGUUCUAUUAAGCAUACGAACCCUUUUGUUAAAUGUGAAGAAGGGGUAGUAUACCACAUUCCAUUGAAGUGUGGAAAAGAGUAUGUCGGCCAAACUGGGCGAUGUAUUAAUGAACGCCUGCGCGAGCAUAAGCUUUCAAUGAAAAAUGGAUAUGGUUCUAACUUGCCGCUGCAUUGUAAGGCCUGCGGAAAUGAGGGUGAACGGGUAUGUCAAGCGAGGCUUCAUGAUACGACUAUCAUGUAUAAAAGUAAAGAUUCUGUUGCGCGGGAAUUGUUGGAGGCCAACGAGAUUAAAAAAAGAGGGGACAACUGUGUCAGUACCCCGUCUUUGAAUAUAUACACGAAUGAAUGCAUGUUUUUAGAUAAGUUUUAUAUUUAGAUUAAGCGUGAUUCCCUAUAUCUUCAGUGUUCUCGCACGUGCGCAUUCCCAUAUUCAGUGUCCCUCCUUUUUUUUUUUUUUUUUAUUCUCCUCUCCUCAUGGCUAUAUAAUCAGCCACUUGUCAUUUCAAUAAACAGUUGCAAGUAGCGCCUUGUCCUGUCUGCUUUUCUUCUUGUGUGCUGUCACUUUUUGGCGCUUAUUCUAUCGAAACCUCGUAUUGAACUGUUACGUACAUACGUUACGUAUGGCUAAAGGGUAGCUUAGCCCCUAGAGCUUCUGAAAAGUGCCACAAAUUGGUGGUCUGCGGCGACAUCUAGGUGAUAUACCGUAGAUUUUUUUUUGUGUUCGUAACAAUGGCUUUUUCAGGUUGGUACACGGCGUUUAUAGGAUAACUUUUCAUUGUUAGUACAGGACGUUCGUAGCAGAAUAUGUGCGCGACACCUUGAAGUCAGGAGCGUUUUACUUGUCGUGGGGAUCGAGGUGCCAUCCCGCGUCUGAUCCCCCACCUCAAUAGUGGUGACGGUUACUUGUGCUCUAUCUCCGGAUAUCCGCCAACUACCUUCCCGCGCCAACCGUGCUUCUCCCUCCUGUCGUCGAGUUAUACGCUCGAGCACACACCACCGUGUGCGCUUUGAUUGGCCUCCCCGUGAAUAAACACCUCUAUUCUGGAAAGUAGCAACAGCCUCCGUCGCGCGCGCUGCGCACGGUACGCUUUUUCUGCCAGCGGCCGCCGGGAGCU